AUGAGCCCCGCCAGGGGGCCCAAGGGGGCUCCGCGCCCCGUUGUCAAAAAGACCCCACUAAAAUCUACUAAGAACACUGCUUCAAAGCCUGCAAGUUUUAAAGCAAACGCUGGAAAAACUCUUCGAGAUAAAUUAAAAAUUGUUAAGGAUCUUACUGAAAAGCUCUGGAAAAAUAAACAAAAAUUGGCAAAUGAAGCAUCUAAUUUUGGAAAAACACAAACCACUUUGAUCACGGAAGAAAAUGAAGAAACUGGUAAUAAGGUUGAUGUCAAUAAGAAAGUUGAUAAGAAGAUAGCUGCUAAGAAAAAUGUUAAAGAAGAAUCUACUACUAAAGAAGAAGCUUUGGAAACAGAAAAAGGAAACGUUAAGCUACAAAGUGGUGCAUCUACUCCUCUGAUUAUUGAAAUUGCGGACGACUCAUUAAAAAGUGAUAAGAACUUACAAGGUAAAAAAGAUUCGCCAGUUGACCUUUCAAAAAUUAAUGUUUCUGACAAAGACGGUGCAAAAACGACAAGUCAGAAGAAAAAUAAUGAUAAAAAAGUUAGUAAGCCAGUUUCAAAAGUUAUUUCUAAAAAUUUAGGCUCUAAGAAAACUACACCUGAUUCUUCCAAUCAAUGUGAUCCGAAAAAAAGUGCAUGUGAUGAUGAUAAAAUUCAGGAUUCUACACCAACUAAUAAUAAAAAAACCAAACCUAAGAAGAAUGAAACUCAAAACACUGAAACUAAAUCAGAAAUUUCAAAAAAGACUCCCAAAUCCAGUAACGAGCAGAAAAAAGAAAAAGCAGUAGCAAAACGGUUAGGUUCUAACAAUAGUGCCAAAAAGACAGUUAAGAAAGCGGCGACCAAGAAAAGUACAAAAAAUAUUAAUGAAGAUGAAGUGCAGAAUGAUUUAGAUAACAAGGCAGACAAAAAAAUUAAGAAAAAGACAGUUGCAAAAUCCAAGGUACCUCAAACAGUUACAGCGGAAAAUAAUGUUCAAGUUGCUCAGUGCAGUAGUGAUAAAAUAUCUAAUUUGAAUCAAGUUGAUAAGAUUUUAGAUACUGAUACAAAGAAGGAUGUUACUACAUCAAAUGAUAAUAAUUCUCAUGCCAAAACUGAUGCGACGAAAGAAUCACCAACACUUGAUCAAAAUACCAAAUUUGACACAACAAGCCCGGUGGGCAAAAAAACUGUUAAGAGGUCCUAUGUUAAGAAGAUAGCAACUAAUUUGAAAUCUGAUAACUCUGACAAAACGAUCGAUAUUGAAAAACAACCUAAGCAAAGGAAGCCUAAAACUACAGCAACUGUUAAAACUAAAGGCACUAAAACUUUGUCUACAACAAAAAAGGUAGAUACAGAAUCUAAAAACGCAUUGGAAACUCUAUCCAAUGAAGAUGGAAAAGAUAAAGAAAAACUUCAGCCGGAAUUAGACAAUAACGCAGUUUGCACUCAAAUUGAGAAAAAAGACAUUACUAAGAAAAAAGCUAAUGCCAAGACUAAUAAAAAUUCUACUUCAGUUCAACAAACUGAAAAUAACAAGGAUAUUUCACAUAUUGAAGCGAAUGAAAAUAAAGCUUUGUCAAUUGAUUCUACAAAUAAAAACUCUAUUGAAAAGGCUUUAACGGGUGCAGAUAAGCCUACUAAGAAAAAAGGUAAUGCGAAAGAAACUGCUUUAAAACCAAAAGGUGCAGUAAAACCUAAAUUAGUCAAAACUAAAAAUCCUAAAACUUUAAAACUUGAUUCAGAAAAAAUAAACGCCUUUGCAAAAGCAUUAAAGAUGACUAUUAAUCAGAAAAUGCGCAAACAAGAUAAUUGCAAAAUAGACGAAGUACCAACUGAUAAGCAAACUGACCAGCAGAAUGAUUUGCUCGAAAAAUCUGCGAAGAAAAAGAAGACUGUGAAGCCUAAGGAUUUAAAAGAUGUAAGUGAUGAUAAUAAAAAACUUGAAGACGAAGUUAAACCUAACGAAAACAUUGAAAUGCAGAAAAAACAAGAUAAAUCUGAUGUUGAUAAAUCAAAUGAAAUUGAAAAAACUAGUGGUAAAGUUGUCAAAAAGAAGUUGGCAAAACCUUUGGAUAAUGAGAAAACUUCAAAUAAUUCUUCAGAAAAUAACUCUAAAAAAUCAGUUAAAAAACCAAGAGUCAAUCUAAACAAUCAACAUCCAAUUAAAAGGCUCAAGCAUGUAGCCAAAAAAGUCAAGCCAUCACCGAAUCCACUGAAGAAGCGUUCUGAAGGAAUACAAUUGAAAAAACACGCAAAUGCUUUGAAACGUGUUGUUAAAACAAAAAUCGGCCUGAGUGAUUCUUGCAAUUUAACGACUAUCAAACUAAAAUUGAAAUCAAAGAAAAAUGCCAAUGCAAAGAACAGAAAAGCACAAAAAAUUGAGCAGAACAUAAAAAAAGAAAAGAGUGAUUCUGAUGAUGCAUCUUCAAAUGCCACUUGUGACGUUGAUAUCAAAGAAGUGAAAAAAGAAAAUAGUGAUCAUGAAGAAGAAAAGAAAGAUACAAAUACUCAAAAAGUUUGUAAAGUAGAAAAACGACGGAUAAAACCAGAACCUUCUAAACGUCUGAAAAAGUUAUGGAAUGCCCCAAAAGGCAGAAGGGUAGCAUCUUUGAAUGCGCUAGCCAAAGUACAUUGUCUGUAUGAAAACGAGUGCAGAUCAGCUUUUGAACUAGGUCUCUUAAAGACCACAAAAAAAUCUGAAAAACAAGAACCAGAACCUGUGCCAGACGAUGAUGUAGACAAGGUAGCUGAAAAAAUACCAAGAACUUUAAGGAGUUGCGCCAUGCCAAGCGUUGGCAAACAUUGGGAUAUGCAUGAGUUAUCUUCAACAUCAGCAUCUUCUUGCAGAAGUGCAUCCAGUAUAAGUAGUAAUUCAUCCAUAGCCAGUGAUUCAGAUUGCGAGAGUGUCAAGAAGCCUAUUAAAAUGAUCUCCAAAAAUGCAGCUUCUAAUAAAGAUAAUAAAGACAAGGUCGUGGUGAAGGUGAAACGCAAAAGAAACCGUUUGGAUGUCACAAUGGAUCUUAAGGAUAUGGUAGUGAGGAAGAGGAUGGCUUCUUUGAAUGCGACUGCGAUUUUAGCUGCAAGUUAUGAGAACGAAAGGAAGUUUUCGAGGAGAGGAAAUUUGGGUGGUGAUUUGGGGGCUAGCAGUUCAUCAAGUAGCAGCAGCUCGAGUAUCAGCAGUUCUAGUGAUGGAUCUUUGGAUGACCCGAUAUACAAAGUAGCUGGAGGUACCAUAAAAUCUGACAAAAAUCCAGUUAAAAUAGAACCAGCACAGAACUUGGAGGUUUUGGACUCAAUUAAGAAGGAAGAGGAACAUGAAGUUUCUCUUAUCGUCAAUCAAGAUACAGAUGUCACAAUCACAGGUGUAUAUCUGAAUACGACUACUCGGUCAACUCUCCACCGACGGCUGCACCAUCACAGGACGGCUUCGUCGUCUUCCGUGAGCCAUCUGCACCGAAGUCGUUAUCACAUUUCAUCCUCAUCGUCAUGCAGCAGCAAUGGUGUUCUGCUGGAAACAGGAACUAAGGAUGUUUCUGGCUCGGAAAGUUCCGUUGGGGGCAGUUAUACUCCUUUGGGCGCCUUAUCCAGCAUGAGGCCUCCACAUAAUGCGAUCAAUACCACCACAAUUGCUUCAGGACCCGGUUCGCCAAUCUUAGUUCGUCAUACAAGUUGUUCCAGUGCGUUUUCGGCGCCUCCGCACGGCCGGACUAGCAAUCACUCAGCGGAGACACGGACCACCAACUGUUCGUCGUCAUCGCCAGAAUUAAAUCUAAGGGUAAAUUUACGUGCUACGGUUGGUGGCUACAUCUAUGAUGUGCUGAACCAAUGA